AUGUCAUAAAAAAAGCCACUUCUUAUAAUUAAAAAUUCUUAAUCUCCAGGUGUUAUAUCAAGAGUUUUUUUCCUUUAUGUGUUUCCUUUAUUGAGGAAAGCUAACAAAACUCCUUUAUAGUUUGAAAUGAUUUAAGACUUAUAAAUAGAUGAUUAAAGCGAAUCAUUGUUUAAUAGAAUGAAUAAAACAUUCUUAGUUUAAAAAAAUAGCCGAUUUGCACUUUACAAAUCUCUUUUUAUAACAUUUAAAAGUAUUUUCUAAAUAGUAAUCAUAGAAUCGUUUAUUAUAGUGUUCAUUAUAAUAUUACUUUAGAAUGUGUGUUUAAUGUAUGGUCCUAUAAUGAUUCGUUAAACUCUCUCUUAUAUUGACUAUUCUGAACAUACAUUAGGUAAAAGUUUUGAAUGGUUGGGAAUAAUAAUUGCAGUGAGAUUUUUUAAUGUGAUAUCUUAUUAACAUAGUUUCUAUAUGUUGGUAAUUUAAAUGAUAAUAAUAAUAGACAAAAUUAGCAUAUGAUUAACAUUCAGCAGUGAGCGUUUUCCUAAUGAAAAAAACUCUGAAUGUGUCUUUUUAAAGUAAUAAACAAUAUAAAGCAGGAGAAAUAAUGAAUUUAAUGCAAGUAGAUUUAUAAAGAAUUUUAAAUUUAAAUAUUGCGAUUGCUUAGGUAAUAUUUCUACCAUUUUAAAUUGGAAUAUCAUUUUUUUUAUUAUUUGAUUUUAUCGGAAUAUCAUGUUUAGCAGGUUUAGGAAUAAUGAUUAUGGGAUUAUUGGCUAAUUUUUUACUUGGAAGACGGGGUUGGAGACUUUAAAAAUAAGUAAUGAUAGCAAAAGAUAAAAGAACAAAAUAAGCAUAUGAAAUUUUUUCAUAGAUAAAAUUCAUCAAAGCAAAUGCUUUUGAAGAAUAUUUUAAAAAUAAAUUACUUGAAUGUAGAAAAAAAGAAAUUGAAUCUAUUCAUAAGAAGAAUAUUGUAAGUGGUUUAUUUACAUUUACAUUUUUAAUGACACCAUAAAUAACAUUAAAUAUUACUUUAGCUAUUUAUAUCUGGUUAUAACAUAAUCUUACACCUGCAGAAACAUUUUCGAUAAUUAGUUUAUUUAGUAUAUUGUAAUAAUCAGCUAUUGGUUUACCAAGAUUUAUUAAUUAAAUAAUAGAAGGAAAUAUAAGUAUUAAAAGAAUUUAGAAUUAUUUAUUAACAGAUGAGUUAAUGAAUGAUUGUAUAUAAAAUGUAAACGAUAUCCUUGUAGAUUCAAUUAAUAUAGAAGGAAGUUUCUAUUGGGAUAAAAUUAGAAAUUAAGAGAAGCCAAAUAAAUAUACAUAAGUAAUACCUGAGAAUUAAAUAUCUUAAUCUUAAAUAUCUGAUACUUAAAUAUCUGAGAAUUAAAUAAUAGAUCCAAUAUUAAAAAAUAUAAAAUUAAAAAUAGAUAUUGGUGAAUUUGUUACAAUAAUAGGAGAGUAAUAAAUAUAUAAUAUAAUAUAGUGUUGCAAGUGGUAAAAGUUCAUUAAUAAGUGCAAUUUUAGGAGAAAUGGUUUAUAAUGAUUCUGGGUUUGCACCAAAAAUAAAGAUUAAUGGAAAAAUAGCAUAUGUAAGUUAGAAAAGUUGGAUAUAAAAUGCAACUUUGAAAGAUAAUAUAUUGUUUGGUCUUCCUUAUGAUGAAACUAAAUAUUAGGAUGCUAUAAAAUAUUCAUGUCUUGAAUAAGAUAUAAAAACAUUAGAUAAAGGUGAAUUCACAAUGAUAGGAGAAAAAGGUGUUAAUUUAAGUGGAGGAUAAAAAGCUAGAGUUAGUUUAGCCAGAGCAUUAUAUAGUAAUUCUGAUAUUUAUUUAUUGGAUGAUUUAAUAAGUGCAGUUGAUAUGCAUGUUGGUAAAUUUAUUAUAGAAAAAUGUUUAUGUGAAUAUUUAAAUGGUAAAACUAUUGUUUUAAUUACUCAUGCUCUUUAUUCUUGUUAAUAUGCUGAUAGAAUUAUUUUAAUGGAUAAUGGAUAAAUUAUAAAGGAAGGUAAUAUUGAUGAAAUUAAAUAAUGCGAAAAAUUUGAUUAAAUUUAUUAAAAAUAUUUCAAAGAACAUAAAAAUGAAAAUGAAGAUGAUUAAGAUGAAUAAUUAGAAAUUCUAAAUUUAUAAAAAAAAAGAAAAUCAUCUAAUUAAUAGAUUGAUAAUACUAAAAAAGAUAUAAUAGAUGAUUUAAUGAUUUUAGAAGAUAGAAAAGUUGGAAGUGUUUAGAUGGAUGUAUUUAAAGAAUAUUUUUAUUUGAGUGGAGGUUAUCUAUUUUUUACUUUUAAUUUAAUUAUUGUUAUUAUUUAAGUUGUAACUAGAUUUGGAUCAUAAAUUUGGUUAGCUCAUUGGUCUGGAUAAUAAGACUUAUCAUAUGAUGAUAAUUUACAUAAUCUUAUGAUUUUUUCAUUCUUUUCUUUGAGUUUUGGCUUUUUUGCUUUAAUUCGCCUUUUAAUUUUAGCUAAAGAAAAUGUAAAUAUUGCAAAUAAAGUACAUUCUAGAAUGAUUGAGUAAUUCUUUUUUUAGAUUAUUUUUAGAUAAUUACUUUAUGCACCGCUUUGUUCAUUUUUUGAAAGAAUUCCAUUAGGAGUAUUAAUGAAUCGAUUAACUAAAGAUUAAUCUGUUUUAGAUACUGAACUUUUAUGGACAAUAUCAAUUUUAUAAGUAAGUUGUGCAAGUUUUAUUGGUAUUUCAAUUAUUAAUUAUUUAUAGCAAGUACACUUAUUAAUGUUUUAAGUAGUUCAUAUUAUAUUAUAUUUCCUGUUCUAAUAUUUUUAUAUGCUGUUUGGAAAGUUUAAAGAUUUUAUAUGGCUGCAAAUCGAGAACUAUAUAGAUUAGAAUCAAUUAGUAAAAGUCCAAUCUUGAGUUUCUUUUCUGAAACAGUCAAUGGAUUAAAUAUUAUAAGAGCUUUUGGAAAAUAAGAUAAAUUUUUGGAAAGACACUCUAAAAAUAUAGAUUUGAAUAGAAAAAUUCAAAUAGUUUAAUUGUAAAUAACAACAUGGUUUUCUAUGAAUUUAACAUUUACAAGUUUGAUGGUAAAUAUUUCUGCAAUUGCAUUUGUAUUAUUUUUUGGAAGUGACAGUCCUGCAUUAGCUGGUUUAUUAAUGACAGUAGCAACAGUAAUUGAUAAUAGUUUAUAAUCAUCAAUUAAUUCAAUAACAUAAGCUGAAACCUAAUUUAUAUCAUUUGAAAGAUGUCUAUCAUUUGCUAAAGUUGAACAUGAAAAUGGAUAUAAACAAAAAAAAGAUUAUAUCUUAAAUUGGCCUUAAGUAGGAGAUAUUCACAUAGAUUCAUUAGUUGUUAAAUAUAGAGAAAAUUUAUAACCAGCAUUAAAAGGUCUAAAUGUUGUAAUAAAAAGAUAAGAAAAGAUUGGAGUAGUUGGUAGAACUGGAGCUGGAAAAUCUACUGUUACUUUAUCACUUCUAAGAAUUCUUGAAGCUUCAAAUGGAUCUAUUAUAAUUGAUGGAGUUGAUAUAUCAACUUUAAAUUUAAAAUAACUCAGAGAAUCCAUUACAAUGAUUUUAUAAGAUUCAACUCUAUUUGAAGGAACUUUAAGAGAAAAUCUUGAUCCUCUCCAUAAACAUACAGAUUAAGAACUUAAUAAUGUUGCCUUAUAAUGUUGUUUGGGAGAUUUAUUAUUAUAAAAAAAUGGUUUAAAUACUGAAAUAUCAGAAAAUGGAGAUAAUUUGAGUGCUGGGGAAAAAUAGCUUAUAUCUAUAGCUAGAGCAGUUUUGAAAUAGUCUUAGAUAAUUUUAAUAGAUGAAGCAACAGCUAAUAUAGAUAUUGAGACAGAAUCAAAAAUCUAACAGACAAUUUAAACAGCUUUUAAAAAAUGCACAGUAAUAACGAUUGCUCACAGAAUUAAUACUAUAAUGCAUAGUGAUAAGUAUUAUUUGUUAGGAAUAAAUUUAGAAUAUUAGUGAUAGAUCAAGGAUAGGCUAAAGAGUUUGACGAACCUUAAAAUUUAUUAGAAGAUAAGAGUUCAAUUUUUUAUAGUUUGUAUUUACAAGGAAAAAAAAGUAAUAAGAUCUGA